AUGAAGUUCUCCUCGACUAUCCUCCAAGCCCUCAACCACCAUGCCAUGGAAACACCCAACAAGGUCGUCUAUACUUGGCUCAACAUCAAAUGUGAGGAACAAAACAAGAUGACAUUCAAAGAGUUGGAGGAACAAUCCAAUGCUGUUGCUGCUCGUCUUCUGAAGCUUGGAUGCCAAAAGGGAGACCGUGUCAUGGUGGCCUAUCCAUUUGGUCUUGAGUUCUUGGCUGGCAUGUUUGGAGCCAUGAAGAUUGGAGUUAUUCCAUGUUCCAUCUAUCCGCCCAACCCCAAUCAGCUCAAAACAGAUAUGCCAAAGUUCCGUAGAUUUGCUGAGGAUGCCGGAGCCAAGUAUGCUCUCACAUCAAACACGUUUGCUGCUGGGAUGACUGCUGCUAGGGUCCUCUACAAGACUGGUGUCACUUGGAUUGGGACCGACAAGCUAACAAUCAAGAAACGGAACCCCAGCAAGCCAAAAGAUUAUGAGACCUUUGCGGAGAACCAGAAGACAUUUGCUUCAUCCAGUACACUCCGGGCAGUACUGGUCGCCCCAAAGGAGCUCAAAUUUCACUAUCAGGCAAACCUUACCUGUGCCCCAAACUUUGCCUAUGCCUCUGUUGAAGCUGUUCAUUCUGUAGAGUGCGACCCCAACAAGUUGGACGAAUAUUUCUCUGAGCUUCAUCUUUCUGGGGUCCCUGCCAUUGAUGAAGCUUGGUCCAAAGCCAUCAAAACAACUCCUGCAAUGCAAGCCAUGUGCUCCCAAAUCAUGAAGCAUCUUGAAGACAAGCACCCAACCAUCUGCCAGCUUGCCAAGACUCUCAGUGAGAAUCCAGACUGGAUUUUGAUUGAUGAAAGGACAGAUUUCCUUUCUCAGCUUGUACACCAAGUCUUUGUCCUUCAUUGGGUGACAACCUUCAUGAUGGAUAACCCUGAGAGCAUGCAACAAAAGUUGCAAAACGAUGCUGAGUGGGAAAACUCAUGUGAGACUACUCAGACAGUUCCAGUGGAGCUCCAAGAGAUGCUUGGCCUCCCUGAACAAGACCCGAUGUAUGAGAAGUGGCCAUUCUUUCUUUGGAUAAAGAACAGGUCCAUCCUUGCACAAUUGAAUCUUUUAGUACGGAGCUUUCGAUCUUCUGAAGGACCAGGCAUUGAGAAUCAGCUAGAGAAAAUCAAAGACCUUCAGUGUUUGAAUUUAUUGGAGGCUGUCUGGCUUGAAAAGAGCAAUGGACUCAUGGACAAUUCAGAAGUUGGUAGGCUACUGGCUUCCUAUCCCUUGCUGGCAGGAAGGACCCAAUCUAUGAUGGCUCUGCUUGAGCCUCAAGGCAGUACAUGGAAUGAUCUCUACGUUGCUUGGAACAUGCAUUUUGUUUCCUGGUCUGCAGAUAAGGACUCCUCCACUUGGAUGGCAUCCAAAUUGCUGCUACCUUGCAUCAUUGGAGAUGUCAAUGCAAGUUUCUUUUAUGCCAGGACAACAAGCUUGUAUCUGGUUCUACAGACUAUAGGAAGGAAAACAACUUCUCCAAAGUAUUACACCCAAUCAAUCUUGUCAAGAAGAGCACUUGAGAUCUUUGGAAGGCUCAACCUUUCUUGGGCUCAAGAACUUGGAUACUCCCACCCACCACUUGGCAGUGACAAAGGAAUGACACUCAAUGAAGAAGAUUGGCUCUCCCUGUUUGACCAAUGGGGAAGUGAAAACCAAAAAGCCCAGACAACCAACCCUAACUCCAAUAUCAAUGCCUCUAAAGCAAGUGCUAGAGCUACAGACCCAAAUGACUUCUCAGCCAGAUACGCCAAUGUACUCCUGUCGGUCGUUGGAUCACAUAUUGACACAUCCAAGACUUGGGCUGAAAAUGGACUCACAUCACUCCAGAGUGCUGAGCUUAGAAACAAAGUGGAAGAGGAGCUGCAUGUGGUCCUUCCGGCAAACUUUGAACAGCUCUACCCAACACCGAGUGAGCUAUCAGUCUUCUUGAAAGGAUCAGAGAUGAUUGUAGUGCUCUGCAAGUAUGCUGUUGUUGGGAGGUAUCAACCAAGACAAAUUGACCUAUUGUCAUGGGAUUAUCUACAAUGGUGGUUCAUUGAUAGUCUCAUGGAGGUCUGGGAAUCACUCGCGGGAAAGUUCUUCAAAGAAACAAAGUACAUAUGGCUUUUCUACAGGCUCCUUGGAGCAGAUCUUGCAUGGACUGCAAAGAUUGAAUCCUACAUUCGUGAAUUUGAUCUUGUCAGAGUAGAGAGCAGUGCCACUAUUGGGUAUCCCAUCAAGUGCAGGAAAUUCUCUCAAUCAGAACAAUCAAAUCCCAAAAUUACCUUCCGCCCCAUUGUGGUCGGAAAGCAUAGUAAGCUGUCUGGCAUGAUCAGCCCCGGAGUCAAGCUUGGAGAGGGCAGCAAAGUGGAGAAACUAUCUGUUGUUGAAGAGGGGGCAUUGGUGCCGGCUCAUGUCCUUGCCAAAGGCAACCCAGCAUGCAAUGCAGGCUCAUUCAAACAUCAAGAAACACACUCUUUUGAAGAAUCUAUGUUGGAUGUCUUCAAGAUAGUUUGGACAAUCUUUGAAGCAUACCAUUUCUUUGCACUGUCAUAUCUCGUCCACAUGACACUUAACCAACUCCUGCCCAGCUGGCGCUAUGCUUCAAUCCUCCAUUGGUUCUUAUUCUUUCCAACCACUUCAUUCCUUGCCAUCUUCACCAGCAUUGCUCUCAAAUGGCUUUUGAUUGGGAAACGUGAUGCAUCAGAUGAAUAUGGAGGCUCACUCUGGAAACAAGCCUCCAAUUGGGCAUGUGACUUCCACUUCCGGAUUGCAGCUUGGACUCUUAUUCCUUUCUUUGGGCAGUCCAAGGUGUGGCACUUCAUCCUUUUCCUCCAUGGCCUUGACGUUGAUAUGAAAUCUACCCUCAGCCACCCAUACACAAUCUUCUUCCCCUCCAAGGUAGAUUUUGUGAAGAUUCGGUGUUCUUUUAUUCCCACCAGCACUCUUGACCUCAGUAAAAAAGCAAACUCCAAGAUUGAAAUCAUCAACAGCAGUAUUGGCUACAAUUCCAACCUUCAUUCAGGAGUCAAGAUUAUCAAAUCCAAAAUCCCACCAAGAUCCAACGUUUCCGAUAGUGUCUACAAUUUGAAUCAUUCAGACAAUUCACAGAAUGUCAGCAGUUUUACCUUGCUUCUUCCAGAAUUAGGACAGCAACUGCUGAAUGUGGUCCUUUUCUCCAGCAUUGUCCCUGCCUAUGAAAUUGGUCUUGCUGCCACAAAAAGCUCCUCCUUGACUGUUUCUGCGUGCGGUUUGACAGUUGCAUUCACACUACAACUCUUUAUUUGGAUUCUCUUGACCCAAGCAGCUGAGAAGGUUUUAUUGAGUCUUCCGCACAAUGGUCAGCAGAUCUUCUUUGGUAUCUACAUCAACCAUGUAAGACAAUUUCGUGCUGGAAAUUGGCUUGUAAUGGUUCUCUAUGGUACACCCAUGUUUGCCUACUUUGCUCGACUCAUGGGGGCUGAGGUGGAUGGUGACCUUUGGUAUUUUGGAAAUUCUCUGUACGAGUAUGGUAACCUCCACUUCCAAGGUUGCACCAUCGUUGACAGCGCCCAUGUGGCCGGACACUACAUUGAUGGCAAUGGCCUUACCAUUGAUGACACCUAUGUCUCUGGGUUGUUGCAUCCAGGUUGCUAUGCUUCUGCUGGAUCAGUGGUAUCUGCUGCCGAACAUGGUCCAUGGAAGCUCUUCUUUAAAAGAAGUGAUAUCGGUGCCCAGGAAUCUAAAAGUUUGUUGAGAGAUGUGGAGAAUCCUGAGAGAAGUACAGACCAUCUGAUUGAAACUCAGCAGGAAGACGAUAUCUAUCAGAUGCCAAUUGCUUUUGAUGUGCAGUUUGAUAUCCUGUCAUGGGACUUUGUUCGGUGGUGGUUUGUUGACCGAAGCUUGGAUGUUUGGGAGUCCAUCGUGGGGCCACUUGUUCUGGAAACCAAGUACAUUUGGGUCUUCUACAAGGUUCUUGGAGCAGACCUGGCAUGGUCAGCAAAGAUUGAUUCCUACAUCCGCGAAUUCGAUCUUGUGAAAGUAGGGGAGAGCGCUACGAUUGAUCACCCCAUAAAGUGCAGGAAAUUCUCCGAGUCCACAGAAGCAGGCCCACUGAUGACCUUCCGUCCCAUUGUGGUUGGAAGCAACUGCCAUAUGUCUGGUAUGAUCAGCCCUGGAGCCAAGAUCGGAGAUGGCAGCAAGGUGGAGAAACUGGCUGUUGUUGAAGAGGGGGCGAUAGUACCAGAAGGUGCUCUUGCCAGAGGAAACCCAGCAUGUCAUGCAGGCUCAGCCAAACUUGAAGAAGCAAGCUCUUUUGAAGACUCCAUGUUGGAUGUCUUCAAGUUAGUUUGGACAGUCCUUGAAGCAUAUCACUUCUUUGCACUUUCCUUUCUGGUUCACAUCUCGCUCAAUCGAAUCAUGCCCUCCUGGCGUUAUGAAGUGAUCCUCCAUUGGUUUGCCCUUGUUCUGAUUUCAUCCUUUCUUGGCCUCAUCACAAGCAUUCCACUCAAGUGGUUCUUGAUUGGGAAACGGGAUCCAUCCGACGAGCAUAAUGGUUCACUCUAUCGCCAAGCAACCAAUUGGGCAUGUGACUUCCACUUCCGUGUAGCUUCUUGGCCCCUUACUCCUUUCUUUGGUCAGACCAGGCUCUGGCAUAUCAUCCUUUGCCUCCACGGCCUUGAUGUGGAUAUGGAAUCAUGCCUUAGCAACCCAUACAGAAUCUUCUUCCCUUCCAAGGUUGAUUUUGUCAAGAUUCGAAAGUCAUUUGUUGCCACUGGUACCAUUGACUUGAGCCAGCGGGCAGAUUCCAAGAUGGAGAUUGUAAACAGCAGCAUUGGGUACAACUGCUCCCUGUGUACUGGUGUCAAGAUUCAAUCAUCCAAUAUCCCACCAAGGUCCAUUGUGUCCGAUGACGUCUAUGAUUUGAAUCCUUCAGGAAAGGCAUGGAAGCCCAGCAUUUCUUUCAUACUUCUUCCAGAAGUAUCACAACUUCUAUUGAAUGUUGUCAUUUUUGCCUCCCUCAUUCCUUCCUUUGAGAUUGGCCUUGCCAUUUUGAAGAGCUCCUCCACAUCCAUUGCCAUGUUGGGGUUGACAGGAUGCAUUGCCCUUCAGCUAUUUGUUUGGGUCCUCUUGACCAGGUCUGUCGAAACUUUGAUGCUGAAACUCCCCAGUAGUACUCAGCUUGACCUGGUUUCCAUUUACAUCAACCACAUGUGGCAGUUCAAUGCUGGCAACUGGCUGGUUCUUCUUCUGUAUGGCACACCCAUGUUCACCUAUUAUGCUCGAAUGAUGGGAGCUACAGUGGAAGGUGAUUUGUGGUACUUUGGGAAUUCUCUCUAUGAGUAUGCCAAGCUACACUUUCAGGGUUGUACAAUUGUGGAUGAUUCACAUGUGAGUGGCCACUUCAUUGAUGCAAAUGGCCUCACAAUAGAUGACACCUAUGUGACUGGAGUUCUUCAUCCAGGGUGCUAUGCCUCGGCUGGAUCAGUUGUUUCUGGUUCUGAACAUGGCCCUUGGAAGCUCUUCUUGAGGAGUGUUGAUGAUGUGCAUGAUGGAUUCUAUGAUGAAGAGAAGGGCUGCACAAAACAAGAGAGCUGUUUGUCAGAUGAACUUCUCAAUGUCUAG